UCCGGUUUGAGAUUUGUUAUUGUUGAUUGAAAAGAUGAUGUCAUCAGGUGAGAUCAUGUUGUUUGGAGUUAGAGUGAAGGUUGAUCCAUUGAGGAAAAGUGUGAGUAUGAAUGAUCUGUCACAUUACGUACAGGCGUGUGAUUCGUCUAGUAAUCAUGUUCCUGAUGCGGUUGCUCUGGAUUCUGGUUAUGCAUCCGCUGACCAUGCUGCUCGAAAUAACCAGUCGAAUGGCGGUAGAGAGCGUAAACGAGGGGUACCAUGGACAGAGGAUGAACACAAGCUAUUUCUGUUAGGGCUGCAGCAGGUAGGAAAAGGGGACUGGAGGGGGAUCUCAAGGAAAUUCGUGAAGACGCGUACGCCUACUCAAGUAGCAAGCCAUGCUCAGAAAUAUUUCCUACGUCGGAGCAACCUUAAUCGUCGUCGUAGGAGAUCCAGCCUCUUUGAUAUCACUACUGAUUCAGUUGCUGACACCCCAAUGGAAGAACAACAAGUCCAUGAAGUUAAUAACAGUCAGCCUAUGCAACCACCUAUGCAGUCUUCACACCAGAUAUCACCUUUAUCAAUGGCUGUCUUCCCAGCUGCUGUUGGUCCGGUUUCAUCGUCGCUGUCGAUCAAGAAUCAAAUGGAAACUGUAGCUUUCAGUAAACAUGAUCGAUUCAACGUUGGACCAACGCCACCCGUUCGCCCAAUCCCCGUUCUUCCAACCCUCAACUUAUCAACAAGAGCAGAUAAGUAUUUGGAUCAGAAACGCGAAAGGGAUAUGUUGUCGUUAUCUCUCUCUCUCAACCUGUCGCUGUCUUGUGAUCACAACAGUGGGGCGGGUUCUUCAGGGUUCAACAAUAAAGAUGGUCUAAUUAGUGUUGGUUAAACAUCACUCCAAUCUAAUCCUUGUGAAGACCAAGGUUUCUUUAACCUAUCAUUAUGCUUCAUGUUCUUUAUAUUUAUUUGUAUUGCUAUUAGAAAAGAGGAACAU